AUGAAGCAGCCGCUCAGCAUGCACAUAACCCAGCUCAAUCGGGAGUGCCUGCUGUGCCUCUUCUCCUUCCUGGACAAGGACAGCAGGAAGAACCUCUCCAGGACCUGCUCCCAGCUCCGAGAUGUGUUUGAGGAUCCCACCCUCUGGCCCCUGCUGCACUUCCAUUCCCUCACAGAGCUCAAGAAGGACAACUUCCGGCUGGGCCCUGCACUGCGCAGCCUGUCCAUCUGUUGGCAUUCCAGCCGCGUGCAGGUGUGCAGCAUCGAGGACUGGCUCAAGAGUGCCUUCCAGAGGAGCAUCUGCAGCCAGCAUGACAGCCUGGUCAACGAGUUCCUCCUGCAGGUGUGCGACAGGUGCCCCAACCUGGCGUCCCUCACGCUUUCGGGAUGCGGCCACGUCACCGACGACUGUCUGACUCGCCUGUUGCUCAGCUGCCCGCGCCUGCGCGCGCUGCGCCUCGAGAACUGCGCGCGCGUUACCAACCGCACUCUGGCGGCCGUGGCCGCGCACGGGCGCUCGCUGCAGACUCUGCACGUGGACUUUUGCCGCAACGUGAGCGCUGCUGGCCUGCUUCGCCUGCGCGCCGCCUGCCCGAGCCUGACCCUGAGCGCGGAGCACAGCGCGGCCAUGAUCCCCGACCAGCCGCCGCGCGCUCGCGGGUGCGCCGCCUCGCUUUUCUCGGCCGCACCUGGGGGACGGUGCCUACCUCACCCGAUGAGUUCCUGUGGAGGACGCGCGCGCGAUUAA